UGGAGUGGGACAUGCUUUUAAAGUUUUGGUCAACAUUGAUGUUUGGACGUGCAUGGAACUCUGCUAUAAUUUUGCUUUGUGUCAAUCAGUAGACUGGAAUCUAGAUUAUAAAACCUGCAGGUUAAAUACUAGAUCCGCCACUGUGUACCCAAGUCUUCGCGUAACUACACCACGCACCAUCCAUGUCGAUAGUGAACAUUUCCCUGAUGAGGUGUCGGGCGACUGCUUCAACCAUACCUGUGAUAACACAUCCAUGUGUGUGAGUGGCAACUGUGUCCCUGUCCUGGAAGGUAGAACCUGCGACUCUCCUCCUGAAAUCCCAAACACAGAGCAGCCCUCUCCACCAGGCCUUUUCCCUGUCGGUUACACCUACAACUACUCGUCAUGUUUAGAUGGACACGAACCGUCUGGAGAACUCUACACCACCUGUCAGGACAAUGGACAAUGGACGACAGCUUUGUUUAGAUGCAUAGUUGACCAAGAUUGUACUGCGAUUUUGUACAAGAACCUCAGUUUAUUGGGACAGGACGGUGUUUACACUAUAUACCCUGAUGGUUUCGGAAUUCAGGUUUACUGUGAUAUGACGACAGAACUGGGAGGCUGGACG